AAUGAGCUAUUUUAAGACUACACGGCGAACUUGCCAAACAUGGACCGAUUUGUGAAAAAAAGGAAACGUGUUACAGAGGAUAAAGAAGAUGGGACAACAAAUCAAGCUGCUGGGGUAUCUAAAGUUCGGAAAAAAGAGGGAAACGUGAACAUAAAUACGGAUUCUGCUGUGGCUAAAUCUUUGAAAUGGCAGCAAUUUAGUUCCGAAAAUUUAGAUUGUAGGUACACGAUCCUGUAUUCUAAGGCAGAGGCAGAUAAUCUGAUCUCGGAAUGUGAAAGGUCUUUGACAUAUAAUACUGGGCCGAUGGCUCGGAUAUUUGUCUUCGGAAAGUGGCGCGACUUACCACGAAAACAGACCGCACAUGGCGAUGAUGGUUUGACGUACAGUUACUCCGGAAAAACCGUAGCUGCUACACCAUGGACGCCAUUAUUGAAGAACAUCCGGGACCGCGUCGCUGCUGCAUCCGGGUUCACCUUCAACUUCGUGCUGAUUAACAGGUAUAAGGACGGACAGGACUAUAUUGGGGAACACAGAGAUGACGAACAAGAUCUCGUGCAUGGCCAUCCUAUUGCGUCACUGUCGCUAGGACAACCACGAGACUUUGUUUUCAAACAUGCAAAAGCAAGAGGAAAGAAUGCGACACGGCAGAUUGCACCCGUGACAAUUAAACUUGAGCAUGGAUGUCUGCUAAUGAUGAAUCAUCCAACUAAUACGUACUGGUACCAUUCUCUUCCACAACGCAAGGCCUUGUCGGGAAUUAGGAUUAACAUGACGUUUCGUAAAAUCGACCCUUCUAAAAUGACCUCCGCCAAGUGAGCCUCCGGUUAACUUGUUUUGAAGUCGAGCGUUGUUCAUCAGAAAUCUUCUAAUGACAGAUAUGAGCCUAACGACUGGUCCCUUUUCUCCCCGAAACCAUUCAAACGGCUAACCGAGUGUCUGGAUUCUGUCAUGACGUUUUCCAACGGUGUAAAGAAGUCAGAUAUUUCGAGAGCGUGACCCUUUGAUGACUAGCAAUGGUGAGCUUAAGUUCUUCGAACCAUAGAAGGUUCCGUUUCUACUCUGGUUGGAAUAUGAAAUCUUACUUAACAUCGUCGGUGAACCUUCAUAUGAUUGUGGUCAUUGAUGGAAAAUUCAAAGUGUCAGCUAUACAAGGGAAUAGGAAACAUGGAUCAUAUCCUCUCACCUUGCAGGAGGGCGCUCGUCCAAUGUAUAUAAAAUGGAGGCAUCGCAAAGAACGAACACUCAUAUAUUCAUGUUAGGAAGAUGAGAAGGACUACGACGUGAAAUCGAAGUAUUUGGGUCCCUUUCGUGUAUUCGGCUCAACCGUUUCAGUCAACUGAACAUGACAAGAAAAUGGCAGGCACCGAUGUAAACAGAGACUAACACCUAGACAAAUACGGUACGUGCAUAUCAAGAGGUGCAGAAGUGUCUGACCGAAAUUGAAAUGCUGACUAUCGCUAGCUUGACUAUCGGAAGCAGAUGAUAUGCUUAGCUGUUCUUGGAGGGCGGCUAUGGAAGAUUCCUGCUAAAUUGCCAGGUGGUAAGAUACGAUAAACAGCGGUGCGCAGCCUAGCAAAGGCAGAGGAAUAAGUGGAGCGAGACUUGACCAUUGAGUUACCGUUGACCAGGCAACCAGAUGGUUAUAGCGAACGUAUUGUGUCCCGAAAUCGAUUGAUUAAAUCCCAGUCUGAUUUGUUUCUAUAUUUUAUCUUCAAUUGUUCAUAUAAAGUUCCUUCGUGUAUUGUUUUCUUUUCAGAAAUGACUUGAAACUAUUUUUGUAUGCCUGUAAAAUUGUUUCCAAAUCAAUGUUAUAGUUUUUGGCAGUCGAAAGGGGAUCCUUCAGGCGGUUCGCCCGCAUCUACCAGUGCUGGGUAGAACAAAAUUUUACAACUCGUGUGCAUUUCCUUAUUUUAUUCUUUUGUUGUACAUUUAUCUUUUAGCAGUCAACAUCUAUCACGACAAUGUUGAUAUUCAGAGCAAGUUCUUGAAUAACGAAUCAAAUGCGAAGUUUUGGGAAAGCUGUAAUGUUCCUAUCAAAAAAGGAAAAGUUCACGGUUGAGAAACUGAAAUCGUCACCCGUAUUGUAUGUGGUAAAAUUAAGUCGUCCCUUUUCGAAAGAUCGCAGUAGGCAGCGGUUGUAGAAGAGUCUUUAGUGUCAUUGUCUUGGCUUUAAGAUUCACGGCAUUUUGGCAAUGUAUGUGAAAAUGAAGUUGAACGACAGUGAAAGACUUUUGUUACCAUUACCGAUAAGCUGUUUCAGCUAAUUCAGGCUCAUGUAAAAACAAAAACAAAUCAGUCAGGAGAGCAGCACAGUUGCUUCCAAUGGGAAUGCCAUCAGUCUGUAUAAAUAUCUUACCACCACAGUAAACAGAGAGAUGAUGUCAAUUAGGAAAUCAUUUACGAUUUAAUAUGCUCUUUUAAAUUAAUCUCCUAAUUUCAACCUUACAAUAUGCUAAAAGAUAAUUAACAACCAUAUAUUUAUAUCACUGUUAGCCAUUUUUGAAACAACGCUCUCAUUGAAGUUACAAGGAAUAAGCGCAGCAGAGUAACGGUAAAAUCGACUUGCUUUGAAGUUGUUUGUAGGUCAAAAUCCACAUCAAAUCAAUUCCGAUCCCAUCAAUGUUGGCGGACGCCCUUGAUACGGAGAGUGGGAUAUAGCUGGAUAUUUACGGGAAACUGACUCACUUUCCCUGAAAUUACAUCGCUUGUCUGUCCUGCCAAUUAAAUGUCUCUCAAAGGGAAAAAUUCGUGCACGUUUGACUGUGGAAUGAAAACAAAAAAGUAACCAAGCUCGCGGAAGAAGGCGGACAAAAGUAUGAUAAUUGAUGACGAAAUGAAGAUAGCUGAAAGGAUAGGCAUGAGGUAAAAAAUCAAAGUUUUUUUGCAACACUUUGCGUAUGUUAUCUGAUGUAUUUGAGGGAGAUCAAAAGGAUCGACAGGCUGCGAAGUUUGUUGUAUCUUCUCUUUAGUCUUCAAAAGGCAUGCAUCAGCCUAGCGAUUUGUCAGGGUUGUGUACCUGAAACCAAUCCAAUAGCUUACUGCAAGCAAUACACUUUGACAUUUUCCAAUGGUGCAGCAGAGAAGUAACGUGUAUCCAGAGCAGAAUUCGUGGAUUUUGAAGACAGUCACCAUCCUUUACAUUCACUUUGAAUAAUACUUAUUACUUUUACUUUUCGUGUCUCAUAAGCUGUAGGGUUUACAGAAUGAACAGUUUAGAUCUGUUUGGUAAAAAAAGAAACCUGUUCAAACCCACUGCAAGAUUAUAAGAGGCUACUAAUGAGGAGACUCCCUGCAGAAUUGGCGAUCUUUCUUUCUCUCCUUCGUGACACUACACGAGAGCAGCUAAAACCCGUUGCAACACAUGAAUAAAUCUAUUUCUCCCUUAUCUUAUAUUUCUUCUUUUUCUUGUGCAUUAUGUGACAGCCUAUCGCUUUUUGCAUAUAUGUUGAAUGUUCGCCAAAGUGAGAAAGGUUCAAGGUUCUGUCUACUGACCGUGACAACUCAUAUUCCUAAAAUUAUACUAACUGCCCUCUUCUUGAUGUCAAUGUUCAAUUUUAUGUAGAUCAGGACUGGUUGGCUUGGUAUCAGAAUAAAGUAACUUGGUGGGAGUUCUCGCGUUAUCAUGUCACGGUGCAGCUUUCCCAGUGUGGUGUCAAUUUAAUGUUGCCCUGAGUAAGUAGUCCCACCAACCUGGACACCGUCCUUAUAUAACCAAUGUUACUGCAUGGAGUUGAAGCAAACCAAACUAAUUGAGCAAUUGGAAGCAAGUAAGAUUGGGUUGAUGAUGAAACCGUGAUUUAACCUUCCAUGUAGACGAGUCAUGGAAUUAACGCGAAUAGGUUUUUACAAUAGUUAUAACCUUGCCAUAGAAUAAUUCACAAAAGUCGUAAAUAGAAUCUGGUUAUCCCUGUAUAGAAUUGAGA